AUGCCGACGCACUGGGCGUCGUCGCAGCGGCCGCUGGUGGUUCGCACGGUGUGGGUGCGCGGCGCGCGGCACGCCAUCCUGCUGAGCUUGCCCACGGGAAGAGUCGUCGACGCCGUUCCCGUCGCCGGCAGAACUGCGGACGUUUCGCCCCUAGUGCGCCGACGUCUGCGACAUCGCAGGAAACCGCACAGCCGGCGGGAGGCGGCGCCGCAGCGGCUGGGGUGCUGCGGCUAUCCCUGCCUGCCGCCUCCGUCGACCAGCAGCGGCAGCGACUGCUGCGAGGACGGGCCGGCGGCGGACGAGCUGUUGGGCCCGCUGUCGGAGCGCGUGCUAGGCUGGCUGGAGCUGUCGCGCGACCCGACGCCGCCCCCGACACCUCCGCCCCCGGUGGUGGUGCACCCCACCGGCCGCCUCCGGCCUCCGCGGCGUAUCCUGCGCGCGGCGAGCCUGGAACUGGAGCCGCCGCCGCUGCCGCCCUCUGCGGUGUCGGGGCGCGCGCUGGCACCCUGGGGCUCACGCUGCCGCCAGCCACCGCCUCCGCCACCAGUUUCUCCGACGCCGCCCGCGUCGCCCACGCCGCCACCGUCGCUGGAGGCGGACCUGGAGGAGGAGUCGGAAGAGCGCUGCUGCAACCCACGCCGCCGCCAGCUGCACAUCUACCUGCCGUCCCUGGCACCCGACUGCGACUCUGCUAGCUGCCUCAGUGAUUCGUGA